GCCAUGAUCAGCAACUGCUGUCCUCCCAUGAAGUUCGCCGAGUUUGGUACAGUGUUGGAAAUCAAAGAUCGGAUCAUGAUGGGUAAUGGUUGCUCUAUUCUGUCGACAAUCGGAAUGCGACGAUUCAAAGUGUUAGUCCGAAAAGAACACGAUGGCUAUGACAUGGCCACUGUGCAAUAUAUACAGGACGAAAAAGUUCCUCCGAAAAAAUUAUUAGAAUUAUAUAAGCUCCACGAUGACGUUCGGCAACGGGGAUUAACGUGGUUCGACGGUUUUCGGCCUGAAAUAAAAUCGGAAAUCCUGAGGACGGUUGGUUUUCCGCCAAGCACCGAACCAAAUUGGGAAGAACUUUCUGACGGACCAGCUUGGACGUGGUGGUUGUUAUCGUUAUUACCACUAGGCCAAAACGCUCAUGUAAGUUUUAAUAUAUUAUAAAUAUUUAUUUGAAACUAUAGUAAUAUUAUCCUGCACCAUAAUAUGUAUAAGUACCGAGCGUUAGACUCUAAUUAGGGGUCACUAAAAUGGCGAUCCACAGAAAAUAAAUUUAUUUAUUAUAGUGAAUUAAAUUAAGUUCUCAUUAGUUUUCAUUCUAUUUUUCGAUUUUGCCUUUUAUUUUUUUGGUAAAAUGUGUUGAAUUUUGAAUGCCUCUAAAAAUAUCACUGUUUUCUAAUAUGACUCCCCAAAAAUAUUAAUUGGCAAUCCCUAUUAUAAAUUAUCCUCAAAUACUAUAAAUUAAAUCACAUCAGUAAAAAUACCGAACCAGCUACAGUAAAUCUUCAUUUAUCAGUGAUAGUUUAUAGUUUGUAUAAUUUAAAAUUUUUGAAUGUAAAACAAAUUGUA